AAAACCAAUAAAAAAAUCUAAAGAGUUUUAACCAAAACCAAAAGUCCAAAUAACACACUAAUUUCAAUAAUUGAAUCGGAUCAAGCAAAACCCGAAUGCGAUAUUCCCAAUGUCAAACAGAAUCAGUUAUUCUCUGAUACCAAACCACACAUGCUCUUCCUGCUGCGUAAACUCUCAAUUCCACUAUCAUCAUUACCAUCAUUAACCUCUGUUUCUCUCUCUAGAACCACCACCAUCAUGACCACCAAUCCGAUCUCAUCAAGACUAGCAAUAUUAGCUCAGCAGCUCCGCCUCUACAAACCACCGGAUUCCGACACCGACAAAGUCGAUCAACCGCCGGAAAAGUUACAAAACCCUAACCCUAACAACAGGGCUGCUGUUUUAAUCUGCCUUUUUCAUGGAGACAAUUAUGGCGAUGAUAGUCUCCGCGUGAUUCUUACUAAAAGGUCUUCUGACCUUUCUGCUCAUUCAGGUGAAGUUUCAUUGCCCGGAGGAAAAGUAGAGGAAGAUGACGUGGAUGAUGCUGACACAGCAACAAGGGAAGCAAAGGAAGAGAUAGGGCUCGAGCCUUCACUUGUAAAUGUCGUGGCCGUUCUUGAACCAUUCUUGUCUAAGCACCUUCUCAAAGUAGUGCCAGUUAUCGGCAUACUUUCUGAUAGAAAUGCAUUCAAUCCAACUCCCAACGCCGGUGAAGUGGAUGAAAUCUUUGAUGCUCCAUUAGAAAUGUUUCUCAAGGAUGAAAAUCAUAAAUCAGAAGAAAUAGACUGGUUGGGAAAUAGGAUUCUUCUUCAUUACUUCGACUACGAAACAGGUGGUAAAAAGUAUAUGAUCUGGGGUCUUACUGCUGGAAUUUUGAUUCGAGCUGCAUCAAUUGUGUACCAAAGACCACCCACUUUUCUUGAACAGACUCCCAAGGUGAAGCUUCCUGGAGUCGUAAGCACGUACACUAAAUCGCCUUAGAACUUCAACCGCAAUCUUCAACUGUUAUAGAUAUAAAAAUCUGAUUACAUUUUCUCGAUAUGGCCAUAAUGGCAUUCCAUCUGGCAGCAUACUCCGAACUUACGGUUGCUGCAAGACGGGAAUGCUCGUUUUUACAUGUUGGGAUCUCCAGUAACGAUUUCGAUGUUUGUUAUUAAGUAAUGUGUUGUGACCAUAGAUCUUUAGACAGAUUCAUGUUUCUAGUAAACUACAUAUGUUACCAAUGGAAUUAAUAUUGUUUCUUGUUUAUAAUAUAUAUUUAGUUUAAUUCAAAA